AUGUCAGAUACUCGAAGCUUGGACGAUUACUGGGUGAAUUAUUUAAGAGAGAACGAUGUAAUCGAGACCGAGGAUGAGACAUCAAAACGAGAGAAAGUGAUCUUCCUGCUCAACUCGGUAUUAUCCGUCUUCACAAGAGCUGUUGCCGAUGAAAACAACUACAGAGGAGGAGAGAUUCCUUGCUUCUUGAAGCCGUUUGGAUCUUAUGGGCUUGGUGGCUACAUUCGCGACGCUGAUAUUGAUAUUGUGCUCAUCUGCUCACAGCUGAUAAAGAGACGCGAUUUCUUCAGGUUCUUCCCUGACACACUGAAACAAUUGGCAACCAUCCGAGAAAUCGAAUCCAUCAGAAAUGCAAAUGUGCCUAUUAUCAAGUGUGUCGUCGACAACAUUUCAGUUGAUAUAUCAUUUGUUCGACUGCGGGAAAACUACUGUGAUAAGAAUAUCGAUCUAUUGGACGACAAAUACCUAAAGAACAUCCAUGAAACAUGUCGAGCCAGUAUGGAUGGCCCUCGAGUCAACAGCUUCAUCAAGAAGCAGAUCAAAGAAAGCCAUGUCUAUAUUUUCCAAAGAAGCCUCCAAUGCAUCAAACACUGGGCUACCCGCCGACAAAUCUACAACAAGCCAAUUGGAUAUUUGAAUGGAAGUACAUGGACCUUAUUAUUACUCAAGACUUACAUGGAUAUGCGCGAUACACCCAACCUCUCAAUCACUCUUCUCAUCUGUACAUUCUUCAACAAAUGGAGAGACUGGGCAUGGCCAGCGCCCGUUCUACUGACAAGCGAAAUCCCUGGCGGCGAGCAUGGACGCAGAGUCGAACUUCGUGAUAUACCUGAAUUUCAAGAUGCCGUAAUGCCUAUUGUAACACCAUGUUAUCCUGUGAGCAGUGCAGCACCCAAUGUUACCAAAUCGACACUUAAGAUUAUGACUAGAGAAUUUGAAAGAGCUGUUCUCGUCUUGGAUGAUGCUGAUACUGAGCCCAAGGAGACGUUAAAGAAGCUGUUCAACAGCAUUGAAUACUUUAAAAGAUACCAACAUUUUAUGACCAUCAUCACUAGUUCCACAUUGCAAUCCAGCCAUGAAACUUGGCAACGCAAAAUGCCCAAUGUAAUACCUCAGUUCUUACAAAUGCUCGAGAAAUCGCCAGAUCUCAAGUGCAUUCAACCAGUGACAAAGCCCAAGACUUCAUUUCAUAGCUAUCGCACCAACGAAGAAAGAAAAGCGCUUGAAAUGGGCAUGUCCGUAGCAGAAGCCAAGCAAUUGGACUUGAAUGGCCAACUCAACCCUGGCACUGUCUAUCUCAGCUUCUUUUUCAUAGGCAUCCAAGCUGAAAGUGCAAGUCAAUACCUGAAUCUUUCUGAGCCAGUAGAUUCGUUUCAAAAGUUACUACACAGCAGACGCACCAAGUACGACGAUGAUGUUCGUUGGCAUGUUACAGCUUUCAAGAGAAAAAAAGUGAAGGACAUCAUUUUCUCUAGCCACUAA